GCGUGUCGGCCGAAAUUUGAUUAAACAUAUUUCGCUUCACUAUUCGCGUUAGCGCCUCAAUUAAAAUGGUGUUUGUAUAUAUAUAUAUAUAUAUAUAUAUAUAUAUAUAUAAAUAUGUGUGUAUGCCAUAUCGUUGACUAAAAUGUUCGAUGCGUCGUAUAAAAGAGGACGCUGGACGUCAAACAGAAGCCGCUGUGAGAGAGAGUUCUGAUUGGUCAGCCGUCGUUUCCGGUUGCAGGGCUCCUCAUUUGAAAAGUGUUCUGUUAACUUCUGCGGGUUGACGUUACGUUUCGGGGUCUCGGUCGCCAUUGUUAAAAGAUUUCUUCUGCAACGUUGCCUCAAGAUACAUUUCGAUAACAAGGAGUCCGUAAAUAAUAUUGUCGGUGAAUCAUGCCUCAGCGUGUGGCGGUGUCCGAUGGAGCAAACAAGAAGACGUCCAGGGUUCGGGUAGCGGUUCGUCUGCGACCCUUCAUGGGCAACCAAGAUGAGAACGACGAGGGUCCGUGUGUUAAAGGCCUGGACUCUCAGAACCUGGAAAUCAUCAACUGGAGAAACGCGACAGAAACCGUCAAAUACCAUUUUGACGCUUUUCACGGUGAGCAAACUACACAGCAAGAGGUGUUCCUGUCGGUGAAGCCCAUUCUGCCACACAUACUGAAUGGACAAAAUGCCUGUGUCUUUGCCUAUGGACCAACAGGAGCUGGUAAGACCCACACCAUGAUGGGCAGUUCAGAUCAGCCAGGUGUGAUCCCUCGAGCUGUUCGCGAGGUCUGCAAGCUUGUCAAAGCUAAGGAUGACAAUGAAGGAUGGGACUAUAGCAUUGGCAUGUCUUAUUUGGAAAUUUACAAUGAAAAGGUGCUCGAUCUUCUAUCGCCGAGCUCCCUGGAUUUACCAAUCAGAGAGGACAAGGACAAGAACAUCCUUAUCCCUGGCCUCACUCACACAACCAUCUCCUGCUUCUCAGAUUUUGAUAAACAAUUUGUCCCUGCCAGCCUCAAUCGUACGACAGCUUCUACCAAACUAAACCAGCGCUCCAGCCGCAGCCAUGCUGUCCUCCUCAUCAAGGUGGUUCGGACUCAGCGUGCCCUUCCCCACAGACAACAGACGGGAAAGCUGUACUUGAUAGACCUGGCUGGGUCUGAGGACAACCGUCGCACCGGCAACCAAGGCAUCCGCCUGAAGGAGAGCGGUGCCAUCAACCUGUCUCUCUUUACUCUCAACAAGGUCGUCGACUCUCUUAACUCGGGCACUGCCGUCCGUGUGCCGUACAGAGACAGUAAACUGACACGGAUGCUACAGGACUCUUUGGGUGGCUCGGCCCACUCUGUCAUGAUCACAAAUAUUGCACCAGAGUACAAACACUAUUUUGAUACGUUUAGUGCACUCAACUUUGCCUCCAAAUCCAAGCUCAUCGUGAACAAGCCCUUCACGUGUGAAACUGUGGCAGUGCCUGUGCUGCCAGUGAAGCGGGCCAAAGAAGACCACGAGGCGGGGGGGUCUGGCGAGCCACCGAAGAAGAGGCAGAAAGACGAGAAGAAAACUGAACAGGAUGGUUCCUCGCCGUCUUCACAUUUUCACAGUUCAUCAGAGCCAUCAGUGAUGGAAAGACUAAUAGCCCUGGAGAAGCUGAUGAUGAACUGCCAAGACAAGGAUAAACUCAGCAUGCUGAAAGAUGUAGCCCAGUCUCGCAUGGAGAUCCAGGAGCUCAAAGAGAAGCAGAAGGAGUUUGAGAGCAAUGCCAAGCUAUUCAGUCGUUUGACUGGAGAAGGGUCCGGUGCCAAACAUGAGGCAGCCUUUAAGAACAGCACCGCUCCUCUGCAAAGAAAACAGUCAGCUGCCACAAAAGCCAAUCGGCAGCAGGCUGUGGUCCAGCCCCUACAAGUGUCCCAGAUCCAGCCUCUUCAGCAGCUUGUCGUCGUCAAAAAACAGUCCGUCUGUGUCAAGAAGAAAGAGAAGAAGAUUUCAGAACUGGUUGAGCCUCCAGAUGGUAAAGAGAACUUUAUGGAGACUGGUUGGGAAUUCCAGCUUGACACGUCUGUGCUGGAGCACUCGAGACAGAAAAUCCUGCAUGUUCUCAAUACGGGCUCCCUCAAAGAGCUGAAGAGUCUGCAGCAGAUCGGAGAUAAAAAGGCAAAGCUCAUCCUGGGCUGCAGGGAGAUCCAUGGUCUCUUCAUAAAGUUGGAGGAUGUGAUGAAAGUUGAGGGUAUGACGGCAAAGAGAUUUUCCACCUUCAUGAAGGCAAACAUCCUGAGCGCCAUGGGAUAGUGAUUUUGUUCUGUUUUUUUAAAAAUGUUUUUUUUUUUUUGGUCUAAUUUUUAUCCAAAAGCUUUUUGCAUUGUAUGCUUCUUUUUAUGAUGUUUUUGUAGUUACCACUGUGUUCCAGCUGGUGGCGUACUGCUGCUUUUUAUAAACAUCUCACGUGUCAUUGAAUAUUUUAGUGUUUAUUUCAUCGCCAUAAAGAAAUCUGAUCACUUUGCCAUAA